UCUUAAAUUUAUCAAGUACCCAUUCAUGGCUUUUAAGAUUUUUCAUCCCAUCUCCUUCAUCUUCCUAAUUUUCAUUCUUCUUGCUCCAAUUGGCCAUGCCAAGAGGAGCACCCCAAGUGAGAAAAAAUCAUCACCUUUUGAUUUCAUCAAGAAAUUAAAAGGUUGUCACAAGGGAAACACCACAAAAGAAAUCCACGAGCUGAAAUCCUAUCUCAAGAAAUUCGGAUAUCUCAGAUAUGAAAACAAAAUCCAUGCCAGUGACGAUGAUUUCGAUGAGAUCCUAGAAUCAGCCAUCAAAACCUACCAGAAAAACUACCAUAUCAAACCCUCAGGUAUCGUAGAUGAUAAAACGAUAUCCAAAAUGACAACCCCACGAUGUGGGGUGCCUGAUAUUGUUAACGGCACCAACUACAUGCAACCUCGUGACAAGAAACACAAGCCGGGCUCUAGCAACAUCCACACAGUGUCUCACUACAGUUUCUUUCAAGGAAACCCUAGAUGGCCACCUACCAAAACCCAUCUCACUUUUCGAUUCUCCCCCAACUUUCCUGUAAGUGCUGUAGCCCCCGUGGCACGUGCCUUCCACAAAUGGGACUUAGCCACACACUUCACCUUUGCACAAGUGGGAGCCAAUCAAAACUCUGAUAUGAUCAUAGAGUUCCAUCGCCGCGACCACGGAGAUGGAGCCUCUUUUGAUGGCCCCGGUGGAGUCCUAGCUCAUGCAUUUGCACCUACCAAUGGAAGGUUCCAUUAUGAUGCCGACGAGAGGUGGUCUAUUGGCUCAGUUUCGGGGGCUUUCGACCUAGAAACCAUUGCGCUUCAUGAAAUUGGACACCUUCUAGGGCUCGGGCAUAGCUCGGUUAAUGCCGCAAUCAUGUUUUCGGGGAUCGGAGCCGGGCAGAUCAAGAAUUUGCAUAACGAUGAUAUUCAAGGAAUAAGGGCGUUGUACGGUCGCUAAAACUUCAUAUUACUUUGUGUAUUGUUUGCAUGUGAAAAUAAUUUCCCUAUGUUGGGAUAUUUGUAAUACUAGUAUCUAAGGUCAUAGUACUUGUUUGCUUUUAUGCUGCCGUAACUUGUAUGGUGUGAAUUUGGAUAUGUAAUCCUCAUUCAACAAGUUAAUUAAGUAAAUUUUCUA